GGCUCUGGAACCUUCGAGAGGAUUUCGUCAGUAUUUAAGAAAUUUACCUACACGACAUGAAUCAGUAUAGGCAAGGGUCGCGGUCGUUCACAGGACUGUAUUUCAGCUUAUUCUAUAGCAACUUCUAUAAAAGGAAGAAAACAGUCCCGGAUUUGGCUUGUAUCCACCAUGUUCGUAAGCUAUACUUCAACAGUUCAAGGAUGUGUUUUGGUAUUUGUGGGACUUGCAUUACCGUCGUUGUUGGGGGCAAGCAGCAUCUGUAACCCAGGUGUGAGCUACCUGGACCCUGCCACAGGUAACUGCGAUCCCUGUAGUGACAUCUGUGAGUUUACUCGGGCACAGAGAACAGUGACAAGAUGUCGGGAUAUGUGUCCAGGGUACAAGCCCAUCCAUCACCAGUGUCCUGUACAACAUUUCUACGAUGUCAAUGUGGACAGAUGUGAACAUUGUAGAUCUCUGUGCCUCCCUCCACACGCACGUCGAGACGACUGUCAGAGGCUUUGUCCAGACUGGUCCGACCAGAAUACAUCCUCGACAAGUUCCCACACAGAGCCAAAGGUGAUUUUACCAGCAAAUGUCUCAGCCUACACUGCCGAGAGAAGCCCAGAAACUGAAAGCAACUAUGCAUCCUUAACAACUGGUGUUUGGAUAGGAGUUGGCUUCCUGGUUGUAUGUGCGUUGGGACUGGUUGCUGUGACGGCUGUGUUUGGAAGAGGUUGUGUUGGCAACAUUAAAUCGUUUGUUUCACGACAUAUAUUUACCAGGCACCCUACACAGGUCGAAGAAGACCCCGAGAUCAGGGAGAGCCUCAAUCCCAUAUACAGACCGGGACGUGGCCCUAUUGCUACACCCAUUGAAGACGUGUGAUGGGAUAGACAAAUUAAAACGUUUUGAAGAAAAAGAAUUGAAAAAGACAAUUUAAAGACAGAACACUUGAAAGAUAUGUUGGAACGAUCCUCAGUGGCAAGAUAAUCAAGUCGAGAUGCCAGGAAGACAAAUACUCUCGCGAGAGACGAGAUCACACGAAGAAGGACAGCGGCGCCCGAGGAGAGACGAAGAAUAAAAUGAUUGAACUAGAGAAUUGACAGAAAGGACUGCAUGAACUAGAGAAAUGACAGAAAGGACUGCUUGAGAGUAUGCGUCAUGUCCAUCGGUACAUAGUAGUACUAUAAGAGUGCACAUCGCCAAAUGCAUACUGUACAACCGACAGAGCUCAGCCAUGACAAACAUUGUAUCGUUUUUGUUUGGUUCUAUGAGCAGACUGAGAUAAUUGUGUUGAGCACAGAACAAUGCUACAUAAUCUUAAUGUCAUGCAUAAAACGAUAGAAUGGAUGUAGGUGUUUUCUUUAUAUUAACAUUUGUAGUUAUGGUUUCUUAGUUGUUUAGACUCUAUAAUGUUUGCAUUCUGUUUGCAUGUAGUUGUAAUGUGUGUCCCAGGUAGAAUAAAAUGUGUAUGUUCUCUCGA